CUUUUCCAUACGGACAUGUGCAUAUGUAUCUGUAGUUAUCGCUACGCAUUUAAGAGCGCAUCAAAACACCGGGUCAAGUUUAUUGCGUCAGCUACUUUUGGUACGAAGCUGAGCGGCAUUGUGCCGAGUAUAAAUAUUGGCCCUAACUUUGGUUUCGAACAUUGCAGUUUCAGUAUUUGCAACAUGAAGUUCUUCGCUCUCUUUGCUUUUGUCCUGGCCUUAGUGGCGAUGGCUGUGGCCAUGCCUGAACCUCUGCCCGGUGGUGGUGGCGGCGGCGGUGGCGGUGGUGGUCUCACCUUUGAAGAACUCGGUGGAGGCGGCGGCGGCGGUGGUGGUGGUGGCCUCAACCUUGAGCUCGGCGGAGGCGGUGGUGGUGGCGGCGGCGGUGGCAAGUAAAACGUAAAGCCAUUAAGGACAUAAUUUAAUAUAUUGUUUAUUGUUUUGAUGGUUUGGAGCAGUGUUUUGAACAAUUUUUAAAAUAUUAUAAUAAAUCCAAUUUGAGACAACAAAAAA